AUGAGCUCCACCCUCUGCCUCAUAAGCUCCUCCCUCUGUCUUAUAAGCUCCUCCCUCUAUGACUCGGGUCUGUUCAAGGGCGAGGACAGGACUGCGCUCUCCCCCACAGGUUCACAGAGUGCGGUGUCUCCCUGUCGACCAGAGAGCUUCCUUCAUCGAGUGGGACACAGAGAGGACAGGAGGACAGACUGUGUUUCUGAGAGCAAACCCUCCACUCUGGACGAAGAGGAGGCUGAAGGAGUGGAACAACUGCGCAAGAAUAUCGAGUCUCGCCUGAAGGUGGCACUGCCCACAGAUCUGGGAUCAGCUCUUACAGAUGGAGUGGUUUUGUGCCAUUUAGCAAAUCACGUCCGACCGAGAUCUGUGUCCAGCAUCCACGUGCCCUCCCCCGCUGUGCCCAAACUGACAAUGGCAAAGUGUCGCAGAAACGUGGAGAACUUCCUGGAGGCGUGUCGACGAAUCGGAGUCCCGCCGAGUGACCUGUGCCUCCCUCUGCACAUCCUGGAGGAGAAAGGGCUCCCUCUGGUGGCUGGAACUGUCAGUGCAUUGCUGCAGCUGGCCCCGCCCCGUCACUCUGUAUCCACGGCAACCACAGCCACACCCCCAUCUAAACAAACCCUCAGUGUUAGUGAAGACCUCUGA